AUGAGCAGCUUCUUAGAUUACUCUGUGAUGAGCGGCGACGGCGGGUCCUGCUCAGUCAGGGCUUUCCACUCCGACCACGGAAUUACUACAUUCCAGUCCUGCGCAGUCACCGUGGACAACUGUGGGACGGAUGAGCGCUUCAUGCCUAGUAGGGAUUCCCCGGAUGGCAUCCCUCACCAGACGGGGUCCUACCAGACUUCUACUGGCUCUCUGGGUUUAACCUAUGGGGCCCAUCCGGCCUGCGCCUCGGGCUAUGGACCCCAGGGCUUCUGUACCACCUACAACCAUUACGCACUGAACCAGGAAGUGGAGUCGGCCACGGGGUUCCCCCAGUGCGCCCCAUUAAUGUACUCCGGCAACAUUUCCUCGUCCAUGGUACCGCAGCAUCGCCAAGGUUACGGUGGCGCGCCCCUGGGUCAGCUCCAGUACGCUCACGCCACCUACGGUGGCGGGCAUGAGCAGGCGAACCUGCCUCCUUUCUCUGGGUGCUCAAACCCGCUGUCACCCCUGCACGCGGCCCACCUUGACACGUGCUGCUCGCCCCUGUCCUCCGAGAGCGCCUCCAACGCACAGACCUUCGAUUGGAUGAAAGUGAAGAGGAACCCGCCCAAGACAGGUGGGUGCCGUACCAUGCAUAAGGGGACAGACGAAUGCAGAGGGCUGUUACACCUCUCAUAAACCCUAUUGUAAAGUGUGAGUAAUAGAUAGUUUGGCCAUCUGUUAUUAUUGGAACAGGUGUAGUCAAGACAGAUUUUGGAGGAAGUAACCCAAGUGCAGAGUGGAAAUAGAUAUGAUAUGAUUUCACAAUGAUCCGCUGGCACAACAUCACAACGCCAUGGCAGCCAUUCUGACGCCACAUAGAUCAUAUCCAAAUUGCGCAUGGUGAGUGACAUUAUGGAACGCUUCUUAGAUACAUCAACAUGGCAUUCAGCUCUGUGGUAUUCACUUCUCAAGUUGGCCAAACUCUCCUUUAUGACGUGUUUUGAACACACGUGUUAAAGUGUUGGGCCAUAUAUAAUUACCAGUUGUAGGCCUGGUAAGCUAUUGGUGUCUGGUUUCUCUUGGGUGUGAUAUCUUGCAUGUAUGGAUCAUUUUGGGGUGUUGGAGAAAGUGGUAAUCUAAGCGGUCAUCUAAUACCCACCCAGGACGUGUGUAUUUGACUGUGAAAAAAGUGAUGAACUGUUUGCCUUUCCGGAAAAUGUUGAAUACAAAGUAAGUGAAUUGUGCAUGCAUGAAAGGGAAAUGCGUAAAAAUGAAAAUGUCACAAAAUAAUUGACGCAAUGUUUACAGUGUUGUGCAUUUGAACAUAGAAAUGUGAACUACUUUUAGUUAUUUUAAGUGGAUUUAAACCAUUGUGCGUAAAAAUGACACUACCUAUUCAAACAUGAGUGCAUGGCACACGAUUUCCAAGGAUCAUGGGUUGGAAGAAAUGUGUCACUUCUCCAACUUCCUUAGCCUUUAUUUAGUCCUGACCUCCAGGUAGCCCUCAUGUUCUCCCUUCAUUCCUCUACAGGCAGAUCAGGGGAGUAUGGCUAUGGGGGGCAGCCCAACACCGUCCGGACCAACUUCACCACCAAACAACUGACCGAGCUUGAGAAGGAGUUCCACUUCAACAAGUACUUGACCCGCGCGCGGCGCGUGGAGAUCGCCGCAGCGCUUCAGCUGAACGAGACUCAGGUCAAAAUCUGGUUCCAGAACCGCCGGAUGAAACAGAAGAAGCGCGAGAAGGAAUGCCUGCUUCCCACCAAUGCCGCCGUGUCAGACCCGAGGGAUAGCUGCCCGGAAAAAGCAGCCGGAUCUGAGAAGUCCCUCUCCGCCCCCUCCACCCCAUCUCCAGCCUCUUCAACAGUGUCCUCUGGAGUUGACCCAUACUCCUCCAGCUAA